AUGUCGUCGGCGACCUCUGCAUCUCCUUCGCAGGCGGGCGAGAGUAAUAACACAAGACCAGUAGCCUAUGAAGAGACGCGGAAGAUUACUGUCACCGAGGCGCACUUGAGGGAGCUCGAGUGGAAGGCAAAAGCUUAUGAUGGUUUCAAAGGCCCAGGGUCUUCGGACAAUUUCCUACGAAGCGUCAGGAAGCUCUCUGGCUUCCAUGGUGAUGACGGCAGCUUGGACGUAAACCCCAACUUCUACGAGCCGAGCGCGCUACCAUCACGGCGGGAGACAGCGAGGACGCGAGUAAGACUACCACCAAUCGACAUUGCCCGAAGGCUCUUCGCCGCGCAAUACACGUACAUUGGCACCAUCUUCUCAUUCACAGACCCAAAAGAGAAGUUUGACCAGCUAUUGACCGAAGCAUACCGUGGUCCUCCAGACCCGUCGGACAAAGAAGCAUGUCUGUCGUACGCCAAAGUCCUCAUCAUCCUGGCCUUUGGACAGCUUUACUCUGUCAACCAGUGGGUAGAUUUCAGGGGGCCACCGGGGUUUGAAUACUUCACCCAUGCUUUGAACCUCCUCCCGGACACCCAUGAGGAGGGCUCCAUUCUCUGUGUUGAGACCUUGGCGCUCAUUGGCUACUUCAUGCAAAACAUGAACCGCCGUGAUGCUGCGUUUCUGUAUAUCGGCAUGGCCCUCCGCAUGGCCAUCUCGCUUGGGCUGCAUCAUGAAGUCGGCUACAGCCCGACGCCCACUACCCUGCAAGGCCAAGAUGCGAAUCCAGAAUCGAUCGAUCACGACACGAGGGAGCACAGGCGGCGAGUGUGGUGGUCGGUCUACAGCCUAGACCGUAUCCUGUCAGUCAAAUCCGGCAAUCCCAUCACCAUCCAGGACGAAGACAUCGGGGUGGAUCUCCCCUCCCGGUUAUCCAGGGAAGCAGAAUACUGCCCGGCGGUGGUCUUGCGGCACUACACCGAGCUCUCCAGAAUCCUCGGCGAGAUCCACAACACCAUCUACCGCAGGACAAGCAAGACGGCGCCGAAGUCCGGACAACGGCUCAUGGCGUCGGUGCAAGGCAUCAUCCUCGGCCUGUCCAAGUGGAACCAGGACCUGCCAGACGAUCUGCGCUUCGACCCGGCCCGCCUCAGCAUCAGCCGCGAAAGCGUCAGCACGUUUGCCCAUUACUACCAGUGCAUCAACAUGACUGCGCGGCCGCUGCUAUUUCACGUCGUGCAAAAGCGUUUGAAGAGAAUCCGGAGCAGCAACGAUCCCGGCGAAAAGGAGAGGGACUGGAAGGAGGGCUUGUCGCAGACAACCGUGCGAGUCAUCGACAUGUGCAUCGGGGCCGCCCAGGACACCAUCAACAUGAUGACCGUCGCGGCGCAGAGGGAUCUUGUGGCAACGUACGGCUACAUGGACGGCGAACACGUAUUCUCAGCCUCCAUCGUCCUCGUCAUGGUCUGCGUCGUAUUCCCCACCAACGCGUCCAACAUGCUCGCCAUGAACGCCGGGCUGGACCUCCUCCGCGGCAUGGGCGAGCGCGGCAACAGCUACAUGGGCGCCCGCUACGAGCUGCUCGCCAACCUGCGCUCGGCGGUCAUGUCCGAAGCCAACACCCACCUCGAGCAGCAGCCGCUGGGCGCGUUCCCGACGACCUUCUCGCCCACGGAGUCCCUCAUGCCGGCAGGCGUCAUCCCGCCGAACGUCGCGAUGCUGCCGGUCAACAGCAUGAGCGGCGACGGCAACCUCCUGGCGAUGCGGUACUCGCUGGGCGGCGGGCAGAACAUGGUCGUCGGCGCCGAGCGGGUCACGUUCCCCGUGGUGGACAACAGCGCGCUCGGGGAGCCGUUCUACGACGAGAGCGUGAGCACGGUGAUGGACUUUGGGCUCUGGGAGGAGGGCUUCGCGGAUCCCGCGAUGGCGAUGGACGCGAGCUUCGACUUCUCGCAGUGGACGCAGACGGCCGCCGCUGGCAUGACUCAGGCAGAUGAUAGGAUGGAUGUAUGA